CGUGCGUCGGUCGUGUUGUGAGUUGUGUUGCUCCGCUUCGACUUAAAACUUUUGUUUUUUUUUCAUCCUGCGGGCGAGUCGACCGCUUGCCUUCUACGCUUACCUGCUAGAACGUCGUAUUAUCUAUAAACUUUAAAUACAUUUGUGUUAUUAUUUAGUGAACAUCGUAUAGAAUUAUUAAAUCAUAGUGUUAAUGUUAGCGUUCGGUCCAGAUGUUAGUUCAAACGGCAACAACCUCAUUUCGUGUCAACAAACAAACAUAAACAGUGAUCGGAACAAGUUAUAAUUUCGAACAAAAACUUAUGUGAAUUACAAUGACCUAAACUGGAAAUCCAGGAUGAGAAUGGGUUUCGUAUUCUUGUGUCAGAACGUGAUUUUCGUUGCAACUUCACCCACAUAACGUAUAUGAUAUAAUUACAAAGAUGUUUAUAUACAAAGUGGCGAUACUGAUCGUACUCGGUGCUCUCAUCAAAGGUGAUUUGCCCGAAGAUGACUUCAGGAUAAUAAACCGACAAGACCUGCUGGCGACGGACAGCGAUAUAUUCGAAGAUAAAGAAGCGAGUGCGUUCUCUCAACUGCUAUUCGACGUUGCGAGAGAUCAGGUCAUCGUUGGGGCCAGAGAUACAUUAUACCGAUUAUCACUACGAGGACUAAGACCUCUAGAACGUUCGGAAUGGCCCGCAGCUCCAGACAAGACGAGGUUGUGCCAAGUGAAGGGGCAGACAGAAGAAGAUUGUCACAAUUAUAUCAAAGUUCUUCUGUCGUACGGUCACAAACUAUUCGCUUGUGGAACCAAUGCCUUCAGUCCGAUGUGCAGUUGGAGAGAGAUCGAGGAGAUAAGGAACGUGUCAGAAUGGCUGCCGGGUGUAGUGCUCUGUCCUCACAGUCCACACUCCAAUGUCACCGCAUUGUUGGCCAGCAACGGGGAGUACUACGCCGGCACGCCCACUGACUUUGCUAGCUCCGAUACUACUGUAUCCAGGAGUCGCGGUGCAGCUGCUGUUGACACGGGAAUGCUGCGUACAACCCAGUACGACUUAAACUGGUUGAACGAACCUCAUUUUGUGGGCAGUUUCGAGGACGAUUACUACGUCUACUUCGUGUUCAGAGAGGUCGCUGUUGAACAUUUGAAUUGCGGCAAGACGAUAUAUUCAAGAAUAGCUCGAGUAUGUAAGAACGACUCAGGCGGGCACCGCGUCAUGAGACACAACUGGAGCACGUUCCUCAAGGCACGACUGACGUGUCCAGUGCCCGGGGACAUCCCCUUCUACUACGACGAGGUGCAGAGUGUAGAAUAUAUACCACAGGAAAAAAUAUUAGUCGCUACAUUUACUACUCUUACUAACAGCAUAACUGGUAGUGCUGUGUGCAUCUACAAUAUGUCGGACGUACGAGCAGCGUUCGAGGGUCCUUACAAGGUGCAGACCUCGCCCUCCGCCGCCUGGGAGCCGCGCGCGCCUUCACACGAGUCCAGGGAACACUUCAGAUGCGCAACUGAUACCAGAACACAUGAAACAAUGGAAUUCCAAAGGUACCAAUUGAUGUACGAAUCUAUACGUCCUAUAUCCGGCGAGCCAGUCUACAAAGUGACGUCACAGCGCUUCACUCACGUCACCGUUGACGUCACCAAGACAAAACAGAUGGAGAAACAAUUGGUCGUGUUUGUUGCUACGCAGAACAGUGACGUCAUAAAGUUGGCCAUAUUGCCCAGAUACGAAGGCGCAUGUUUGGUAGAAAUAUGGAAACUGAAAGAUGCAAAUGGCGCUAUAGAUAUAUUGACAAUGCAGUUUGUUAAAGAUACGAUGUCGGUGUACAUCGGUAGUGAGAGUGGAGUGUUGCGUGUGGGCAGCGAGCGCUGUGCCCGCUACCGCAGUAGGUCUGGCUGUGUGGCCGCCACAGACCCGCACUGCGGCUGGGACGACGCCCGCGAGCUCUGCGUACGCGCAGCACCACAUAUACACGACUCUUACUUCACACAGACCACUGCCACCUGCCCCACUGUUGACACCCCUGUGGACGGUGGCUGGUCAUCAUGGUCGGGAUGGGAGCGAUGCAUGCAGGAGGGCACACCGGCUGCUGCAUAUGCAGACGACCAGCCCGACAUGUGUCUGUGUCGUACACGUCGCUGCGACAAUCCAAAGCCAGCUAAUGGUGGACAGCCAUGUGAAGGCGCGAGUAUAUCAGUGGCGAACUGCACGACUCACGGCGGCUGGUCGCCAUGGUCGGGCUGGUCUGAGUGCAGCGCCUCCUGCGGCAUCGCCGUCAAGUCCCGCCGCCGCGCCUGCACCGCGCCCGAGCCCAAGCACGGCGGCCGAGUCUGCGUCGGCGUAGACUCACAGGACGUCUACUGCGGGAACCUGCCUCCGUGUCCAGACCCAGCACUGGCUCCUGUUGACGGUGGAUGGUCACCCUGGGGGUCGUGGUCGGCGUGCAGUGGUAGCGGGUGCGGGCCCAAUGCUGGGACCCGCGAGCGGCGGCGGCAGUGCACGGACCCCAUACCGCAGCACGGCGGCGCUGACUGCGAGGGUCAAGCCACUGAGAAGCAAUUAUGUGACCUCAGGCAAUGCGAAGUGAGGAAGGCCACCGCGUGGACCCCCUGGGUGCAAAUACCUAGCAACAUUUCUGACGGCAGCUACACGGAGAAACGUUUUAAAUUCUUAUGCAAAGCGCCUUCACCUGAACAAAUAAAACUGUCACUGGCCCGUGAAGAAGAGAGGUAUUGUAACGCUCUGGGCACCUGCAGCAGCACCCCCCUGGAGGAGGAGGGGUGGGAGGCUUGGGGUCCUUGGGGGUCGUGCUCGGCGGCGUGCGGGGGCGGGCAGCAGGGCCGAGCGCGCCGCUGUCGCCGCCCGCCCUGCGCCGGCGCAGCGGACAUGUUGCGCGCCUGUAACACGCACGCUUGCACAGGUGAGUGGUCGUGCUGGAGCGAGUGGAGCGCGUGCAGCGGGGAGUGCGCGCGGGGCGCGGCGGGUCACCGCACGCGCACGCGCAUGUGUCUGUCGGCGGCGGGCUGCGCUGACGCCGGCGCAGCGCUCGAGCGCCGCGUCUGCGUCAACACCUGCCCAGAAUCAGAGAGUGGUUGGGGGUCUUGGGGGUCGUGGGGGGCGUGUUCUGGUGGCGAGCGGGUGCGCCAGCGCAGCUGCGAGGCGGGCGCGUGCAGCGGCGCGCAGGUGCAAGUCGCGAGAUGCUCCGAUGAUACAGAACUGGAUAAUGAAUUGUACGCAAUGCCGGCGUACAGUCAGAACGUAGAGAUGGCCUCAUUUGUGACAGGAUCCGGGAACGAGUCCUUGAGCGUUGGUGCUAUUGUAGGCUGUGUGGUGGCCGCAUUCGCUAUGGGUUGCCUGGUGUGCUUGGCGGGGGUGAUAUUCUGGCACCGGCGGGGGGGUGCUGGUCGCGGGCGGGUCCCCUCCAGCCCGCACUACAUCACCGCCAAGCAGAAUAGCUACGUCACUGUACCACUCAAGGACGUCCCGCGCAAAGCUAAACGCCAACCAUCGUUCACUGGUAUGAGCGGACCGAGCGUGCUCCUCUCAAAGAGCAACAACAUACCCGCCAACAAUCACAACACAGGGCUCGCGACACCAAAACUAUAUCCAAAAGCAAUCGCAAAUGAAUACGACUCGGGCACAUUACGGAGACAUUCCAACCAACCGAAGAAUAACCUCGAUAUUGAAGAAGAUAAGUUCUACUGAACAGAACAAAUUGCUGUCGAAAGGUUAACCUUUUUAUUGGUACAAAAUAUGUUUGAAAUGACAGCAAUAGCUUUCUUGUUUCUCGAAUGAAUAAAUAUAAAGGCUUUUAAUCGGAUUCGAUUAAAUCAGAUCCCAUUUUCGAGAAUUUUGACUUUAUUGUGGUCUUAAUUUUGAUUUUAACUCUAUUGUGCUCCUCUUCGGAAGUUGGUUCUUUGAACCCAGUGAAAACAAAUAUGACAGGCUAAAUAUGUUAGGCUAAAGGACUCCGAUAUCCAUUGCCUUAAUAAAUUAAAAAAAAAAAACAAAUAUGACAACUAGUGUCUAGUGUGACAUAUGUCAAUCUGACAGCUGUCAAAAAUACUUUGUUUUAGAAC